CUCUCUCUCUCUCUCUCUCUCUCUCUCUCUCUCUCUCUCUCUCUCUCUCUCUCUCUCUCUCUCUCUCUCUCUCUUUUCUCCUCCUCCUGCUGCUGUUACACUGAGCCCGUUACAUACGCGCAGUUUGAGGAGUGUGAACUUUGGGGAGAGUUGCAUCGCCUUGAGGAACUAUGGGGGACAUCGAGGCUCCCGGCUCUCGGCCGCCGCCGCCCCAGAACGCCCUGCUCUCGGUUCUGCCGAGCAAGGAGUUCUGCUCCUCCAAGAAAGGAAUGCUGCUCCUCGCUGAAGUGGCUCUCUCCUUCAUCUCGUUCGUGUGUUUCGCUGCCUCCGAGGCGGCGGCCUUCGUCACCGUGCCACUGCUGGAGUUCCUUGCCGCUCUCUUCUUGUUGUUUGCCUACUCCACCAAAUUCAACGAGAGGUUUAAGGGCUUCCUCUGGCCUCUGAUGGAUUUCAUGAGAUGUGUGACCGCCUCUGUCAUCUUCUUCAUCGUCUCAAUAAUGGCGGUGUCCAAAUAUGUGGACGGGUCCUCGAAGGCUGCAGGGGUGUUUGGGUUCAUCGCCACCAUCGUGUUCGCUUUAGAUUUUUACCUCAUCUUCAAUGAGCUGGCUACUUUCUUAAAGCAGGGGGGGGAGACCACCGAGGAGCCGUCGAGGCAGCAAGGGGGCAGUGAUUAUGAACCAACCCUUUACACAGCAAAGUUAACUGCACCACUUCAGGGAAAAAAACCAUAUGAGUUUUCAGACUCUGACUCCGACUGAGACCUGGAGGGAUCUUCAGCAGCGGACACUCUUACAACAAGUCAACCUGUGCAGUAGAAAUGUCCGCUGCUGUGCUGACAUCUGUCUCAUGGAGCCUCAAGGUUAUGUUAUUAGUGGGGGUGCAGUAGAAGUCCCAUCUACACACUGACUGUGUCCUGGUUCCUCUCAUCUGGGAUUUUGUGUUCAGUCCUCAUGGGUCAUACGUGUUUAAAGGGGAGGAACAGGAUCCUGUGCAGUUUGAAUGGGUUUCUUCUGCUGAGCAUCAAGUACAUUGUUCUGUUUAGUUCAUAAUUCACUGAUAAUUACAAGUAAUUUGAAAAACAUCAGUUAUUUUCCCCAAAGUAAUAUAUCUGUGUCUCCGUAGAGUUUGCUAAAAUAUGAAAUGUCUUUAUCGACCUGAUUCUUUAGUUAUCAAUAAGCUGUGAACUUGUUUGGUGUCAUUAUACUGAAUUGUUAGAAGCUGUGGUUGCAUCCACGUGUGAGAAAAUUCAGUCUAGAUCGGAAAUUGUGACUGAUAUUGACUUUCGAGUCUGUAGUGUGACCUUGAUUACACACAUGUUUAACACUAAAUUAAUGUCCUUAGUGAAUUAUUGUUUAUGAAUGGCAUCUUAAAUAAGAAAGGAGGCCUACACUCACUUGGCAGUUUAUUAGGUACACCUCACUAAAGCUAGGGAAAGUGUUUCUGUCAUUCUGUCGGCAUUUAUAUCUACAAGGGGUCGGCUAAAUAACGGACACAGCAUAAUCCAAAACAACAUUAAUUACAACAUCCAAAAGAUCUAAUAGUUCAACUAACUCGAAAACAGUUUGACACACUUACAAAUAGAAUCAUGGCCCUGUGGUUAAAUGCUAACCAGUGCAGUUUCAGUCAAACAGGUGCAUGCAUGUGGUCAACCUGAAAACAUAAUGGUUCCACCCAUGCAUCCACCGGCUGUCGCUGGCACGGAGGCACUUUGGAUUUGUUGCAGGUCGGUUGUAUCAGCGUGCAUGAGUUCUAGCUGGGUGUACCUAAUAAAUUGUCUGUAAGAAGGGUGUACUCAGCAUUUACAGAUCACUAUAGGAAAUUGUACAGAAUAUAGACAGUCUAGUUGGUGGCAGGUUGGCUGGUUUCAACCUCUGUCCAAUCGUCUCAGAUCUACAGGACUGAUUUGUUCAGAAUUUCAGAGUAAAUUUUCUAUUCCUUUCAAAUUUGACUUUUGAAUGAACAGAGUUCCUGUUCCCUCUGCGGGUCGCUGCAUUGCAGAUCUAUUCAGUGAACACAAAGUUGGAGAGCCUUUUCAGCUUGUCUGCUGUAUGUGUGUGUAUGUGUGUUAAUAGUGCAUUGGAGCCCCUUAAUGCAGUAUUAUUUUUCUUUAAUGCUAAAUGUCAAAUAUGUGAAUCGUUUUUUUUCCACUUUCUGCUUGUUUGUCUGAUUCUUCAGUUCCUCCACUGCCACAACUGAGAAAUCAGAUGCACUAUAAAUGCCGCAGCGACUGUCUAUGUAAAACACAGAAAUGAAAGAAGUUUGAUUUAAAAUUGCCGUCAGUGACCUCUCCUUUCCAUGUGGGAUUUAAACUGAUGUGGGAAAGUUGAUCUACGAUAGUGAUUAUUCACCAGUGUGCUUAUAUGGGAGAGUUUAGUUUGUUGGGAAAGUAAAAGUGGUUCCAUUUAUAUAAAAAUUCUGCUUUAAUGGUGUCCUGGAAGAAAUAUACAGAAUUUUACAUGAAUGAUUUUAGUCUAAAAUGAAAAAAAUAAACCCAAAUCCACACCAUAUGCAAAAGAACCAGACCACAACUGAUGCUAAACAGUGUGUGAUGUUAUUCACGGUGUUAUCACUGUCCUGUAAAACAAAAAAAUCCUUCACCUUAUCACAACAAAAUGUGUGUGUACACAAUUUAGAUAUAAUCUCACGGUGAAGACACAGUAUCAACACAGGGUCAUUUUCGGCUCCUUGCUGAACAACUGUCGGUGAAAUAUUAAGUUGUUUUUUUUUACACUGUUAUGCUCUUUUGUCUUUUGUGAAAAGAAUGUCUGAAUAAAAACCUGAGCUUUUUUCAACAAGGUCCAAAUCACUUUAUUUAAAGAUCACUAUAAACUGAAGUGAAGUGUUUUUAAUUACAAAGACACAGCUGAGUACGGCUCCGUGCUGUACACGACACACUGUAUUGGAUUUAUUAACACAGUUAAAAGGGAAGAAAAUUAGCAUCUCACUUAUAAUUUCAUUCAAACAUUCAUUCAUUUACACCUGAUGUGUGUAAACUGUUUAUAUCACAACCUGGAAACAAAACGUUUCUUUCUCCAUAAAUACAUAUUCUUCAUGACAUACUGUAGCAAUGGCUGGUACAUUAAGCUUUUAAAAAACAAAUAGUAAAAUGCGCUUGAAUGAUUUUUCUGCUGUUCAAUAGUUUAGGUGAUUAAUUGUUAUAGUGUCACUCAAAAAAAAAUUAUAUAUGAAUCAAGGUUAAAGGUUCAUUGUGUAGACUUUGGUGACAUCUAGUGGUGUCAUUGCAUGUUGCAGCUGAAUACCCCUCAUCUCACCCUCCCCUCCCAAACAUGAAGGAGAACCUGUGGUCGCCUUCAGUUGUCAUAAAAACUCAAAAGAUGUUUAGUUUGUCCAGUUUGGGCUCCUGUAAAAAACAUGGCUGCCUCCAUAGAGAGGAACCACUCCUGAUGUAAAUAUAAAGUAUUUAAAUAUGAAGGGCUCAUUCUAGGGUAAGAAAAACAACAUUUGUUCAAUUUAAAUAAAUCACACAAGUGAAAACAUCACAAGGAUUAUUUAAUAUUCCAUUUUUGCCAAUAGAUCCCUUGCACCUAAAUCUUACACACUGAACCUUUAAGUGACGGAUAUAAAUACACGUGAUUGUCUUUCCGUACAAUUCUUUCAGUCGCUAGAUCAAAAGAUAUCAUAUAAAUUAUUUGAAAACAUGAGAAAAGUCUGAUUAUUCAAACAUAUUGUGUAGUGUGAAAACCUCUGA